GCGGCAGCAGCAGCAGCUAUCAAUGUCGGGGCAACCGGUUAUGACCACACCACAGCUACUGCCGCUGCUGCUGCUGCUGCCGCUGCUGCUGCACGCUUUCAACAGUUUGUUACAUUCGGUGACAGUUUGAAUGGUCAACAAAUUCCAACAAAUCCAAUUCUGUGCUAUCAGCCACAGCAAAGUAGCUGUGAAAAUUUGUCGACGACCACACCGACUGCGGCCUGUUCCGAAGAAAUUGGAACUUAUAACAGCAGUCCAAGUCGAGUCACACAGCCGACAUAUUAUCCAGGGUUCCAAGAAAUCCCACAAGUUCCAGUAUUUUCCGGAACUAAUUCCGGGCGUAAUACCCCGACAGUAGAAACUGAGAAUGAAACAGAUGAGCGUGUUAUGUGUAUGGCAUGUCGGGGGGUGUAUCCAUCACGCAGAUCUCUUACUGGACAUAUCGGAAGAAAUGAAAAGUGUCGUGAAAUAAUUGGUCGCAAUUAUUUAGAUCAACUUGGAGGUUGUGCAGAUAAGGUGUCAGUUUCUGGAAGUCCUGCUGGAACCGUUGGACCGACAGAAACCAUUAGUCCGAUAUGCCCAUACUGCGACAGGUUUAUCAGUCAUUAUAAAGGCAAUAUUAGAAGACAUAUUAAUCAGUGCCUAAAGUCAGAUAAAUCGAGAGCUAAAAAGAUGGGCGGACGAAAGCAAGAGAAUGAAUUUGGCGGAAAUGGGUAUAAUAAUAACCUCGAAGGCUAUGAUGGCUAUCGGCCGCAUAUGUUAACGACAACGAGUCUUGGUGAAACUCACUGGAGUAAUCCAUCAAAUGUAAAUGCUCAACCGUCUUCUCAAGUUUCAUACACAAAAGACGGCAAGAAUAACGAUGAUCCAUAUAUGUGUUCAGUCUGCGAUUUUGUUACUGUUUAUAAGGGUAAUAUGAAACGUCAUCUAAGUACAUGUCAUAGUAUCACUGAAGAAGACUUAGGAGACGGGGGUCUAGACAGUCUACGCGUUAGUCGACGGUCUGGCGAUUUACAUGCUAAAAUUGGAAAGGUGUCUCGGGGAAGACGUCCAAAAAGCGUCCAAUUGCAAGACGAGUGUCGAAAAAAAGCUAAAAUGGAACUGUUAAAAGGCUGUUCACCAGCGGUAUCAGAAAGUACCGCAGGGCCGAGCGAUACCAAAAGUCCGGCUAGUUCUAGCGGGAACAUAAUGGAAGGUUUCGCUGACAGUAACUCAAAUUCCAGUAGCUCAGUUCAGGAACACUUUAAAGCUGAUAGCGACUGUCAGUCACAGUCGACAACGAUAAACGAUUUACCGAAUAUAGUAGAAACUGAGUCUUCUGGUGAUGCAAAUGUAUAUACAUCACAACAUCCUGAAGAGCAUCAACAAACCUGUGAUAUUAGUGAUAGUAAAUUAUCUGUUCCAAGUGCUGUAUAUUCUGUUGAUAAUACUCCUUUGGUUGACGGGCUAAAUCGUAAUACGGGUAACACCACUUCAACGAGUAACAUCGAUGAAAUUAUUAAUGCUGUGGCUUCAAAUCAACUCGGGAAUGUUAGCAAAAAACCAGUAAGACAGGCAAAAACACCAAAAAACAGUGGACGACGAUUGGUAGCUCCGAAGGCAGUUUGCAAUGUGGAGGAAGUUCGUGGCUACUGGGAACCCGAGCAAAUAAAUUCGAAUUCUUCCAACUUUUCUGCUACUUAUUUUCCAAAGUUUCCAAACUCUCAAUUUGCUGGUAAUUGA